AUGACCAAGUCGCCCAACGACGUCGUCGUCCUGUCAGCCAUUCGCAGCCCCAUCACUCGCUCGUUCAAAGGCGGAUUCAAAGAUGCCUGGCCAGAGGACAUCUUGGGACCGAUCAUGGCGGAAGCCCCAAGGCGAGCCAACAUCGAAGCCAAGGACGUCCAAGAUGUCCUCAUAGGCAACGUCCUCGCUGAGCUAGGCUUCGCAAAGACUGGGCGGAUGGCCCUUCUCAACGCUGGCUUCCCAGUGACAACCACGUUUCACACCGUCAAUCGCCAAUGCUCGAGCAGCUUACAGGCCGUCACCCAUCUGGCGCACUCAAUCUGGGCUGAUCAAAUCGACGUGGCCAUGGCCGGCGGCGUUGAGAGCAUGUCCAAGAACUACCAGACCCGCGGUGUACCCGCCGACGUGGGGCCAAGCCUCCGAGGCACUGCUAUCAAGUCGGCGGCCGACUGUCUGAUGCCCAUGGGCAUCACCUCGGAGAACGUGGCAAGUCGGUACAAGAUUAGCCGCCAGAUGCAGGAUGACUUUGCUCUGCUCAGUCAUAGUAGGGCAAAUCAGGCACACUCUGCCGGCCACUUUGAUAGUGAGAUUGUGCCCGUCGAGUAUACUUUCGUAGAUGGAGAGGUCGAAAGCCGCGUUCGAGUCGAAGCAGAUGACACUAUUCGGGCUGGUGUCACACUGGAGAAGCUGGCAAAGCUGAAGCCAGCCUUUAUCAAGACGGGCGGCAGCACAGCAGGGAAUUCAUCUCAGAUAUGCGAUGGAGCAUCAGCGGCCAUCCUGGCCCGUCGAUCUUGGGCCGAAGCCCGCGGUCUAAAGCCCCUUGCAAGGUUCCUGGGCACCCAAGUAGCAGGCUGCGAACCCGACGAGAUGGGAAUGGGCCCCUUGUAUGCGAUCCCAAGGCUCUACAAGCAUGCUGGGAUUGAGCAAAAGGAUGUCAACAUCUUUGAGCUGAACGAAGCUUUCGCCAGCCAGACAUUGGCUUGCAUCCACGGGCUCGGCCUCGACAUCGACAGGGUCAAUCCCAACGGCGGUGCCAUUGCCAUCGGUCACCCUACAGGAGCUACUGGGACGAGGCAGCUGGCCACGCUUCUCGCUGAGCUUGCUCGCCAGGACAAGGAGGUCGGGGUUAUCAGCAUGUGUGCUAGCACCGGUCUUGGCGUGGCCUCUGCUUUCAUUAGAGAAGAGUGA